UAUUUUAUUCCUUUUUUCGCAGGUGAAUUUAAUAAAUGGUGAACAAUUAACUGUCUCGUUAAAUUUUAAAAUAAUAAAUGAAAUUAACAGAACGGGUCAAGCUCUACCAUCGAAUAUUCAUUAAAACGCCCAUUUCACGAUUAAAUUGGUGUUGUUUUUUAGUGGAUUUUUAAAUUUUCGAAAGCGAUUUGUUCACGCCUUAAUAAAUUAAGUCAGUAUGAAAAAGUCAAGCCUAUCAGCAUCAAGUGAUUGAAUCAGUAUUCGUCAAUUAUUUUAAGUUUUCUUCUUUCUUACGUUUAUUUUUCUCAUUAAAUAUAAAAAUUUAAUUUUAAUAUGGGACUACUCGAAACUAUCGACUAUUAUUAUGUUGAACUAGCAGAUCCUCGAAUGAGAGAUUGGUUUCUACUGAAAAGUGUUUGGACACCUAUUUUAAUAGUAUUAUUUUAUAUAUUGGUUAUUUUUAAAUUAGCGCCAAAUUAUAUGAAAAAUCGACCAGCGUACAAAUUAAAUACAUUCAUUAAAUGUUACAAUGCAUUUCAAGUGAUUGCAAAUGCUAUUUUAGUUAAAGAAUUUUCAUCCUGUUAUGAAUUUCAUCGUGUUUUUGAAUGCCGUGCUGUGGUCUACAACAUGGAUCCAUGCGCAGUAAAAGUAAUGUAUGGGAGUUACAUAACAAUGUUAUUAAAAAUUGUCGAUCUAAUUGAGACAGUUUUGUUUAUACUUCGCAAAAAGGACAAGCAAGUGACAAUUUUACAUGUCUACCAUCAUAUAUCAACCGUUUUGAUUGGCAUGACAUUUUCGAGAUAUUUUAGUGUCGACAUGGCUUGUUUGUUUCCGAUUUUAAAUUGUUCAGUUCAUGUGAUAAUGUAUUCAUACUAUUUUCUCAGCAAUUUCGAAGGACCAAUUAAGCACAAGAUAGUUCCAUUUAAACGAUAUCUGACCAUCAUACAAAUGGUUCAAUUCGUCAUUUUGAUAUUUCAAUUAUUCUUCGCAUUCCCCAAAUCAUGUCCAUUGCCAAAAAUUCCAUUUGCAAUUAUGAUGAUAAAUGUGAUACUCAAUAUGGGAUUGUUUUAUAAUUUUUACAGAAAAACUUACUCCAAUCAGAAGGAAAAGAAAAAAUAAUUUUCUAAUAAAUAUUUAUGAAUUCUGUUUUUAACACAAAAAAGUUGAUAGGUCAAGGAGAGACGAGGUUUUUCAAAAAAAAAUUAAAUUAGCGCCAAGUUGAAAAAAAUUUGAUUCGUCAUUUUUCUAAAAUUGACCCAAAAAAUACUAUUAUUUAAAAUUUUU